AUUACAAAAAAAAAAUGUAAAGGAGAAACUGAUCAAGCUCGUUUACAAAACCAUCAACAUUCUACAAAGCAAAGAAUAUGUACAGAUCUGCGAGUUGGAACCGUGCCACGGAAGACUACUCGUCCGCACCGCCCAAAGGAUUGUGGAUGGGCUCCAUGAUCGGUCCCCUUGACGAAGACGAGCCACCUUCCUACAAUAAUCCACCAGCGGAUGAGAUGGUUAAGAAGGAGAAGUCACCUGCCAAGUUCGCAGAAAAGGCGAUUCACAUCAUUCCUUUUGUUCUUCUUGCAUGUGCUCUCGUCCUUUGGCUAUUCUCAAAUCCAGAUGUGGUGGAUGUUGGGAUGAGAGAGGAAUCUAUUGCGGCUAGGAUUGAAGGACUGACAAUAGAAGGAGACAUCGACAAUGAUAGUGAUGGAACUCAGACUGGUUUCUUGGGCGCAACCUUAGAGCUCAGUGGUGAUUCAGACAAAACACAUUAUGCUGAUCGGAACAGACGAGCUUCAAGGAAACUGAUUAAAGGCUUCUACUAGUUAAUAAUAAAUAAACCACCAAUCCAUUUUUAUGCAUUUUGGAUCAUCAUUCCAAUCUAUAAUUCCAAAGUUUUUUUUGGUUAAUAAAUGAGCAGCUUAAUUUAAAUCCAAGUGUAUUUAUCUGAUAUCAAAAACAAAAAAUUCUACAUCAAUCCGAUUGACAAAAC